GUGAGCUGUGAUUGGUCACAGCUGGUCACAUGGUACAAGGCUGUUGUGAAUGGCCUUGUACCAUGUGACCUCUGUGAUCAUUCACAGAUUUCACACGUAGUAAGCAAUGAUGUCAAACGUGAAAUCUUUGUCACUAUUUAUCAGCGCUGCACUUCAGUUUUAAAGAAGUGACAUCUUGCUUACUACUCUGCAUGUGAGAGGUCCCGUACAAUGAUCGGUGUUCCACUGUGUCCAGAGGAUAGAGCGGCACUGGAUCGUGGUGCUGCGUGCUCCCAGGGAGCGCGCACAGUCCAAAAUGGCAGGCGCCGUUU